CCACUUCCAAAAAGUUUACAUAAAAGCUGGAAUUGUGUGUGUAGUGAAUUGUAAAGGCAAAGGUAUGAAUAAAAACUAAUUGCUUUUUCUUGAAAUUUCAAAGCGCAGUAUUAAAUUUAUCAUAAAACAUCAAGUGUUUUAAAAUUUCGUUAAUCCAGAUUUUAGCUUUUAGCCGCAAUGGAAGUACCAGCUGAUAAAAAUGUUGAUGUAGAUUCCUGCAACGAAUCUGAUGAUGGAAGAAAGGACUCUGAAAACGCCAAAAUGAUACCAUUCGGUUGUAUGGGCGCUUUGUUCCGGCGUCAAUUUUUGCAAGAAAUGGUAAAAAACCUUCCUAAACCCAUACAAAACAGAGUAACUGCUUUGAAAAACAUUCAACUCGAACACUUGAAAUUGGAAGCAGAAUUCUUCGAAGAACUUUAUAAACUAGAACGGAAAUAUCAAGAGAAAUAUCAACCGCUUUUUGACCGUAGGAAAGAAAUUGUUACUGGAGAUGUGGAACCUACUGAGCAAAAACCUCAAUGGAAAUCGGAAGACGUCGAGGAUGUAGAAACGUCACCUGAAUUUCAGGAUAUGAUAAAGAAAGUAAGGGAAAUUCCUGAAGACACGAAAGGUAUUCCAAACUUUUGGUUUACAAUAUUUCGAAA